GGGACGCUGGAAGGGAGGUAGCGGGCGAGCGAGCGAGCGAGCACACGCACUGCAGCAGUUCGGGACCCCCAGCGCCUGGCGAUCGUCCCGCUAGUCGCGUUGAGGAGGGCCGGGGCCAGCUGGGGACAACGACAGGAGACGAGAGACAGGAACCUGCCCUGGAAGGGAUGCCGGUCGAGUUUAGCGUCACCAGUCGGGUUGUCGGUGAGCCCGAGUCUGGGAGAAGACACAGAGGGCACUUCAACCCAUCAUCAUGGCAGCGCAGGGCAUGAACGUACGUGGAACAGGCGAGCAGGGCACACCCUAAUGAGCCCCCCCCAGAGCACACCGACUCGGCCGGAGCCUUGGGAGGAGGAGGAGGACUGUUGUUAUUACGGGAGGAAACUUGUGAGGGGCAGGAAAGUCAGGACGAGAAAACACAUCCAGACGCUCCCAUGGCGCAGGGGGAGAGCCAAGUCCCUCGCUUCUGUCGGCGCCACGUCCCUAAGGAUAUCGUCUGCUUGGAGUACAGAGCCCUGAAGUACAGAUAACGCAGCCGCCCUGGACAGGUAGACAAUGAUUCCCAUUACUGAACUGCGGUACUUUGCUGACACCCAGCCAGCAUACCGAAUCCUCAAGCCAUGGUGGGACGUCUUCACCGACUACAUCUCUAUCGUCAUGCUGAUGAUCGCAGUCUUUGGCGGAACUCUGCAGGUCACCCAAGACAAGAUGAUCUGCCUGCCAUGCAAGUGGGUCGUGAACAAGUCGUGCGACGAUACCGUGAGGCUGCCGGCAGAUCAGUUCCCCAACUCCACGGUGCCAACUGGCUCUCCAUUUCCAGAGCCUAAAGGGAUUAAGUACGACCUUGAUCGGCAUCAGUAUAAUUAUGUAGAUGCCGUGUGCUAUGAGAACAAGCUGCACUGGUUUGCCAAAUACUUCCCUUACUUAGUUUUGUUGCACACACUCAUCUUCCUGGCAUGCAGCAACUUCUGGUUCAAGUUCCCCAGGACUAGCUCCAAGCUUGAGCACUUUGUGUCCAUCCUCCUGAAGUGCUUUGACUCUCCCUGGACCUCGCGUGCUUUGUCGGAGACCGUAGUGGAGGAGAGUGACCCAAAGCCGGCCUUUGGGAAGAUGAAUGGCUCGAUGGACAAAAAGGCCUCUUCUGUCAGUGAGGACGUGGAAGCCACUGUCCCUAUGCUCCAGAGGACUAAGUCUCGGAUUGAGCAAGGCAUUGUGGACCGUUCGGAGACUGGCGUCUUAGACAAAAAGGAAGGGGAGCAGGCCAAAGCCCUUUUUGAGAAAGUCAAGAAGUUCCGCACUCACGUGGAAGAGGGUGACAUUGUCUAUCGACUGUACAUCAGGCAGACCAUCAUUAAAGUGAUCAAGUUCAUAUUGAUCAUUUGCUACACGGGCUACUAUGUCAGCAACAUCAAGUUUGAUGUAGACUGCAGUGUUGACAUUGAGAACCUCACGGGUUACCGCAUGUACCGCUGUGCCCACCCAUUGGCUACCCUCUUCAAAAUCUUGGCCUCCUUCUAUAUUAGCCUGGUUGUGGUCUAUGGCUUGAUCUGCAUGUACACCUUGUGCUGGAUGCUCCGUCGCUCACUCAAGAAAUACUCUUUUGAGUCCAUCCGAGAAGAGAGCAGCUACAGUGACAUCCCUGACGUGAAGAACGACUUUGCGUUCAUGCUGCAUAUGAUAGACCAGUAUGACCCUCUCUACUCCAAACGCUUUGCCAUUUUCCUCUCGGAGGUCAGCGAGAACAAACUGCGGCAGCUGAAUCUCAACAACGAAUGGACGCUGGAUAAGCUACGACAGAGGAUUACUAAGAAUGCCCAAGAGAAGCUAGAACUUCACCUCUUCAUGCUAAGUGGGAUUCCCGACACUGUGUUUGACCUCCUUGAGCUUGAGGUCCUAAAGCUGGAGCUCAUUCCAGACGUUACCAUCCCACCUACAAUUGCCCAACUGUCAAACCUCAAGGAACUUUGGCUUUAUCACACUCCGGCCAAAAUUGAGGCUCCAGCUCUUGCCUUUCUGAGGGAGAACCUCCGGUCUUUGCAUAUCAAGUUCACUGACAUAAAAGAAAUUCCCCUGUGGAUUUACAGCUUGAAGAACCUGAUGGAGCUCCACCUGACCGGGAACCUGAGCGCUGACAACAACCGCUACAUUGUCAUCGAUGGCUUGCGAGAACUGAAAAGACUGAAGGUCUUAAGGUUGAAGAGCAACUUGACCAAGCUGCCUCAGGUUGUGACCGACGUGGGCGUUCACUUGCAGAAGCUAUCCAUUAACAACGAGGGCACGAAACUCAUGGUCCUCAACAGUCUGAAGAAGAUGGUUAACUUGACUGAGCUGGAACUCAUUCGUUGCGACCUGGAGCGAAUCCCUCACUCAAUAUUCAGCCUUCACAACCUCCAGGAGAUUGACCUGAAAGACAACAAUCUGAAGACCAUUGAAGAGAUCAUCAGCUUCCAGCACCUCCACCGACUUGUAUGCCUUAAACUCUGGUACAACCAAAUUGCCUACAUACCCAUCCAGAUUGGCACACUCACCAACCUGGAGCGGCUUUAUCUGAACCGGAACAAGAUCGACAAGAUUCCUAGCCAGCUCUUCUUCUGUCGCAAGCUGCGCUACCUGGACCUAAGCCACAAUAAUCUCACCUCGAUCCCAGCUGACAUUGGGUUCCUGCAGAACCUUCAGUAUUUUGCUGUCACGGCGAACCGAAUCGAGGCCCUGCCACCCGAGCUGUUCCAGUGUAAAAAGCUGCGGACCCUCAACCUGGGGAAUAACUGCCUUCAGUCUCUUCCGUCUCGUUUCGGGGAGCUCACCAACCUCACGCAGCUCGAGCUGAGGGGGAACCGGCUGGAGUGUCUCCCGGUCGAGCUCGGCGAGUGUCGCUUGCUCAAGCGCAGCGGCGUCAUCGUCGAGGAGGACCUGUUCAACACUCUACCCUCAGAGGUCAAGGAGCAACUGUGGCGGGCAGACAAGGAGCAAGCCUGAGCCAAGCCGGGGCCAGACGGGGUGGGAGGAAAGGAGCAAUAAAAUGAACAAAAACUCCCACUGGCAGAAAGUGGAAGUGAAAAGAGAAGGAACUGCGUCGGUGUUUCUGGCUUCAUUAGUCUGAGGAAGCUUUUCAUUUAUUCAUAGCCUUGAGUGGCUGGAAACACUUAACGGGUUAUGGUCUCCGUUCCACUUCAGUGCUUCUGGGAAAUCUCGAUAAUCAGAAGCGAGUGUUCAGCUAAAGCUUUUAUUGGCAGGGUGAGGAACAACAAAGCCUUUGAGUUGCACGCCUGCCGUUUGUGCGCAAAGGCUGAGUCCGUGUAAACAGCAAUACGGCCGUCCCAAAGGCAGAGGUGGACGGCUUGGGGUCCCGAGGAGAGGAUUUCAACCCCUACAGUCCAUACGGUCACUUUUGGGCAAAGAACUAGAAGCGUAAUCCUGAAGAAGACAAAGCCAUGAUUAUCAAGCAGAACCUUUGAAAUGCCCACACUACUGUGCCAGCUGCACAACACCCUACAGGCGUUCUCGAGAGACGGUGACACUCAAGUUUGUCAUUCACAUGUCAACGUGUUCUGGGUGACGACGUCGACUCACGUGAUGCUAAAUCUUUGGAUUGCUUUUCUUGGGAUUUGUUUUUUUGUUGGAUCUUUUAAGGGGCAGUCAGAGAAUUGAUUGAAAGUGUGCCAUCCAUUCACUUUUUUUUCCAAUUAGCAAUAUAUUGAAAUAUUUGAUGAUGUAGCAUUGGAAAUACAAAAAUUCGGUCACCUCACUCUUAAUUACGACUUCAUAUUUUGCCAAUAUAAAAAAUACUUUUGAUUCUGAAGUCUGGCAAAUGGCUCAAAAGUCGAGGAGUCGUCCACAGGUUGUCAUGUUUGAAUGUUUUUCCGUCUGUCGAGAUCUCAGUUGCACAGCUCCCUUAAAUUAUGAGUUGUAGAAAACCAAAAGUUAAGAUGAACGACGUCUGUAUUCAAUUUAAAGGGAAAUUCAACAACACUAGAAGGCCCCUGUAAAGCUUUCCCGCUGUAUUCAGCCGCUGUCUCCUUGAGCGACUCUCCACUGCGUUCAGACAUUCGGACGAAAAAUUCUGAGAAGCCGUCCGCCUCGCUGUGGAGUAACGUGAGCAGUCAAGUGGAGACUCGAGACGAGUCCGCAUCGACACAAGUGGUUUCUUCAUUUCGUUUUGGUGUUGGGUACGCCGUAUGCGUAUCUCCGAGAGGAUUCUGCCUUUUUCCGUGACCUUUGGAGGUCAGAGCCCCGGUAACGGGAUCAUUUCACAGGCGGCCUGCUUUUCCAGAUGUUUCAGACUUUUGUGACGAGCAUUCAAGUCUCGAAUUCCUCACUUCUGAGGGGAUUCCGUGCAGCGUUUCUUGAGUGAGGGGUUUACGUCAAGGCCAUUCAUCUGAGAGUUCUUUGCUGUAUUUCUUUCUUUCUUUUAGUCGGCUGCUUUUAUUCAGUUCAUGUUUUAUUAAUGGUAAUGAAUGUAGCCUAAUGGUCAGCGUAGAAGCAGUCAGUGACAGAUGUGAAGUGUUCACCUUGAGAAGCGAAUCCUUCAGUCACUUUGAUUUCUUUUACAAAUAAAUACAAAUGAUUCAAAG